AUGGAAGAGGAGCUCAAGUGCCCCGUGUGCGGCUCGCUCUUCCGCGAGCCCAUCAUCCUGCCCUGCUCGCACAACGUCUGCCUGCCCUGCGCCCGCACCAUCGCCGUGCAGACGCCCGAGGGCGAGCAGCACCUGCCGCCGCUGCUGCACCCGCGGGGCCCCGCGCCGCCGCCCGCCGCCCCGCCGGGCCCGGGGCCGGGGCCCGGGGCGGCCGCGGCCCCGCUGGACGCCGAGAGCGCGGCGGGCGGCGGGGAGCACGCCGACAAGCUGAGCCUCUACAGCGAGACCGACAGCGGCUACGGCUCCUACACGCCCAGCCUCAAGUCGCCCAACGGCGUGCGGGUGCUGCCGCUGGUGCCCGCGCCGCCGGGCUCCGCGGCGGGCGCCCCACGCGCCGGCGCCGCCAGCUCAGCGCUCACCUGCCCGCAGUGCCACCGGAGCGCAUCCCUGGACCAGCGCGGCCUCCGCGGCUUCCAGCGCAACCGGCUGCUCGAGGCCAUCGUGCAGCGCUACCAGCAGGGCCGCGCGGCCGCCGCCGCCGCCAAGUGCCAGCUCUGCGACCGCAGCCCGCCCGAGCCGGCCGCCGUGCUGUGCGAGCAGUGCGAGGUGCUGUACUGCGCCGCCUGCCAGCUCCGAUGCCACCCGGCGCGCGGGCCCUUCGCCAAGCACCGCCUGGUGCCGCCGCCCGGACACCCGGCAGCCCCCGGMGGCGGCGAGGCCGGCGGGAAGGCGGCCGGUGGCGGCGGCCGCAAGGUGCCGACGUGCGCCGAGCACGACCUGGAGAACUACAGCAUGUACUGCGUGAGCUGCCGCAGCCCCGUGUGCUACCAGUGCCUGGAGGAGGGCCGGCACGCCAAGCACGACGUCAGGGCGCUGGGCGCCAUGUGGAAGCAGCACAAGGCACAGCUAUCUCAGGCUUUAAAUGGCGUUUCAGAUAAAGCAAAGGAAGCAAAAGAAUUUUUGGUUCAACUGAAAAAUUUACUGCAGCAGAUACAGGAGAACGGUUUGGAUUAUGAAGCCUGUCUUGUUGCUCAGUGUGAUGCCUUGGUUGAUGCAUUAACUCGUCAAAAGGCAAAGCUGCUCACAAAAGUUACCAAAGAGCGUGAGCACAAGCUAAAGGUUGUUUGGGACCAGAUAAAUCACUGUACACUGAAGCUUCGCCAAUCAACAGGGCUCAUGGAAUAUUGCCUAGAAGUUAUCAAAGAAAAUGAUCCCUCUGGGUUUUUACAGAUCUCAGAUGCUUUAAUCAAGCGCGUUCAAGUAUCUCAGGAACAGUGGGUCAAAGGCGCCUUGGAACCAAAAGUGUCUGCUGAGUUUGACCUGACUUUGGAUAGUGAACCUUUACUGCAGGCGAUUCACCAGCUGGAUUUUAUUCAGAUGAAAUGUAGGGUGCCACCCGUCCCAUUACUGCAGCUGGAGAAGUGUUGCACCCGAAACAACAGUGUGACUUUGGCUUGGAGAAUGCCACCUUUGAGCCACAACCCAGUGGAGGGUUAUAUCUUGGAACUUGAUGAUGGAGAUGGUGGCCAAUUCCGAGAAGUGUAUGUGGGCAAGGAGACUCUCUGUACUAUUGACGGCCUUCAUUUCAACAGUACCUAUAAUGCAAGAGUCAAAGCUUUUAAUUCAUCAGGAGUUGGUCCUUACAGCAAGACAGUUGUUUUACAGACAUCUGAUGUGGCUUGGUUCAGCUUUGACCCCUCCUCAGCYCACAGGGACAUCGUGCUCUCCAACGACAACCAGACGGCCACGUGCAGCAGUUACGACGACCGCGUAGUUCUCGGCACGGCGGCCUUCUCCAAGGGAGUGCAUUACUGGGAACUGCAUGUGGACCGCUAUGAUAACCACCCGGAUCCAGCCUUUGGCAUCGCCAGGAUUAACGUGGUCAAGGACAUGAUGCUGGGCAAGGACGACAAAGCGUGGGCCAUGUAUGUUGACAACAACCGCAGCUGGUUUAUGCACUGCAAUUCUCACACCAAUCGGACUGAAGGGGGAGUUUGUAAAGGUGCCACUGUUGGCGUGCUCUUGGACCUGAACAAGCACAACCUGACCUUUUACAUUAACGGGCAGCAGCAAGGGCCUCCAGCAUUUGAAAACAUYGAAGGUGUCUUCAUGCCUGCAUUAAGCCUCAACCGAAACGUCCAGGUGACUCUACACACAGGACUGGAGGUGCCACAAAGUGUAAAACAGCCAAAGUUGCCCAGCAACUAGUGAAGCCCCUGGUGCCUCAACACAUGCUGGAUUCUGUAAGCUCUCUCAGUGUGAUUUGCCACUUCUCAGUAAGUCAGUAAAAAAGAUUCUCUUCCCUAACUUAAAYAUUAUGCAGUGUGCUUUUCACUGAGUAAACUGCCGAUUGCAGCUAACCCACAGCAUUUUUAAUUUAGGAGCCAUACCAAGCAUUCUCCCAGGAGUGGCAUUUGGUUACAAAUGGGUACCUGAACACAUCUACACAGUAUUGCAUACCUGGGUGUAUAUAUGUGUGUACGUGUAUGUAUAUAUA